AUAAUUAAGCUCUUAUUCUAAAUGGAAGAUAUAGUAAGAAAAAAUAGUGCCAGGAUCAGGUCUGAGCUACAAGAGUACAAGGAGUUACUCUUGGAGACCCUGAAGGCUAAACAGGGAUGUGAUGGUAUUGAUUCGAAAGAUUUGGUACUGGGACUUAAGACGAAAUUGAUGAAUAUCAGGAAAUCCUACAUAACCUCUCGCCAAUCCCUCAACGAUCUCAAAACCCUCAACUCCCAACGUGACAAAAUAGACUCAAAGAACCUGUCUCUACAGUCUCUCCUGUACGAGAAGCACUACCUUGACAAGAAGAUCCAUGUGUGUAAAGAAUACACCACUCCUGCACUACUCAAGCUCCCUGAAUCCAAGCUCACUGCUGCUUUGGACCAGGAUGCUUUGGAUAAGAUAACUUCAAUUUCUUCAAAAAUUAGUGACGAUGAUCAUAAAUCCUUCCUAGCCCUCGAGCAAGCAGAGCUUUCAGCUAGAAAGGCCAAACACAAAUUAUACGAAGACAAGCUAAAACAGACUGAAUUUCAGAAGGAAAGACUUAUCAAAAGAAGGAAAAUUAUCGAUGAGUUCUCCACUAGCCUGAAAUCACUCAAAGUCGCUGGAAAUGAAGCCAAAGAAUGCUUCACAGACACAAAGAUUGAAAUAAAAGAAGAGAAAAAGAUAGAAACUCAAUCACUAGAAGAGCCUCAGGAACAGCCAAAUAGUGCAAAAGAGUCAGAUGAUGCCAGCAAUGCUGGCAGUCUCUCCCAAAACGAAAGCAAUGACCAAGAAAAGCAGGUUAGCAAGCGACAGAUCCAUGAUAGCGAUGAAGAAGAGGCUCCUCAAGCCCAGGUCGACCAACCUGAGCAACCUCCCAUUGAAGCCGAGGGCGAAGAUAAAGCAAGUGACAAAGCAAGUGAAGAAGAAUCAGAACCAGGAGAAGAGAAAGUAAUUACUUAA